AAAAUAAAAGUUACAACAACACAGUGAGCUUUUUCAUAGGUUAAUAAAUCACACUGAAAGAAAGGGAAAAGCAGAACUAAAGUUGGAGCGUUUUUAGAUGAGGCUCAGACGCAGAGUUGUGAGGGUGAGUUUAUUUGACCUUUUUCUGCUUUUUAGUUUAGUGGUGUGAAACUUUUGACCAAACAAGUCCCAUGGAAAGAUCAAAGCAAACUGACUGUAGUGAAGGAAAGUGGUGCUGAAAGCUGAAUGCUGACGUCCCCAGUUAUGAGGCAGACAUUGAGGGCUCAGAUACAGUAAAUUGAUAUGAUGUGAUGUGACUAGAUCAUAUUCUAUAACUUAAUUCAAGACCUUGCUUACAAAACAACUACAACACAUGUUGCACACUGCCAAAAAUACCAAUAUAUGGGAGCUUCAUAGACCAUGGAGGAUUCAUGAGGCAACCCUGGGGUUGAAAAAAGAUUCAAAGAUAACUUUAUUGAUUUGAAAAUGUCACAAAGCUACAAAGACCAUCAUUAUUCUCAACUCUCGACGCUGGUUACAUAAACUAAAUAUAGAUAAUGUAGUUUUAUGAGAACUGUUGCGGAAGACAACAUAAGAAAACACUCUGUGCUCUCUUAGAACAAACAAAUAGGUCAAUAUGUGAAUUCUGUGUGUCUUCACACACCACUUACACUGCCUUUAAGUGCCAGUUUGAUGUCUUUUUACUAAUUGAGGGGUUUAGUCUAUCUCUGCGCUGAGAAAAUCUUCAGUAACAGCAGCACAAUAGGCACUCUUGUUAUUGACCUGAGAGGGGGAGGCACGCAGGGGCAGCUGAUUAUCAGAGCAGUGUGUGUGUGUGUGUGUGUGUGUGUGUGUGUGUGUGUGUGUGUGUGUGUGUGUGUGUGUGUGUGUGUGUGUGUGUGUGUAAUGAACCAGGUCGAGGCUGUUGUUACGUCAGCAGGGGCUCGGCCGACAGGAGGCGGUUGAAGCAGACAAACUGAACCUGCAGCUCAUUUCCCUGGAAUUUGUUUCCCUCAGAGGAACCACGGCGUCAUGGCUGAAACACGGAGAGUGACAGCAGAGCCAGGCAGGAAGGUGAGCUUACACACACUCAUACACACACCUGAGCGAAGAGGUCAAAGGUUAAAAGUCAAUCAGAGAAGAAAGAAACCUCAUCAUCCUCCGACUGCUAUAGCUUCACUCUAUUCUGUGUUAGUUUGACUUCUGAAGUUGGUGUUUAGAUUGAAAACUAGUUUUUCCAGCUGACUAAAUUUUGGAAAGUUUGCAAGGCUGAAACAAUGUGACUUCCUGUCAUUUCCUACAAAAUAAGAGACAUCUUUAGCUCCAUGUUGCAGCAGUAUUUGAUUCAAGGAAUCUUACUUUUAUUUGGUUUUAACUUGCUCAAAGAGCACAAAGCUGGAAAAAAAAAGAAAAAAUACAUACAAAAAAAAAAGAAGUCUAAAGCAGACAUGCAACCACAUGUUGUAUUUACUUUGACUGUUUAACUAAGAAAGAGCUGAUUCUGACUUGAUUAUAUGGUCUAAAACACAUGGAUGUAGUAGCAUCAACCAUUAAAUUCUGAAGAUGACCUAUUGCCCAAAAGGUAGACGGCAAUGUAAUGGAGUUAUUAUAAAUGUUUUGUUUGUUAAAAAGGCACCAUAGAUAAACAUAUCUGUUCUUACAAAAGAUAUUUAAAUUAUGAUAAGUCAACAAUUAACAAAAUCCAUCAUCACACACUAUUAAACAUGAGGCCAAAAACUGCAGUUCCCUCAGAGGCAGACCCCAAAAAUGGGUCAUUCAAAAACAAUAUUGGUUCUGUGAAGCUUUAAAACUAGUCAAAUUAAAAAGAAAAAAAUGUUAAUCUACUUUAGUAAAAGUGGACUUUUUAUGCAAUAGAUCAAAGGUUCUGUUAUACCUAUACAUUUUUUUCCCUAGAAUAUUAAAGUCGACUUAGAUGAUGUUUUGUAAGUGCUACUUUCAGCUGUGACCCGUAAUAAGAAAUGCAUUACCAUGCAGUGAUUCUCAGUUCUGAAGUACUUUACAUGAGAAUUUCUCUGUUUAACACACUCAAACUUCAUCAUGCCCUUGAAAAAACAUAGUCUCACCCGAGAAAGCAUGUCCAGGUAUGAUGCUAAACAUUACGAACCAAGCUGUCUGUACUUGGAGCAACUUGGCUAGUCCUUUCAUUCAUAGGUGGUUGUGUUCCUGUUAUUGUUCCUCUUAUCACGGAGUCUAAAAACUUGAACUCUGUAGCAUGUGAGUUUAAAUAAUGUUAAUGAUGUUUCUUAAAUAAACAUAGCCUAGCAGAAUGCACACCCAUGUAUUCUUAAUUCCAAAAAGUAGUUUGAAUACUUUAGUACUUAAAGAAUUUAUUACUCCAGUAAUUUAACCCAAGUAAUAAUCCAAUUAAGCAACUUCCACUUGUAUUUGAGUAAUAUUUGACCAGGGGGAUAUAUACUUGAACUCAAGUAAUUAGGUUAUGAACUUUGUCCAUCACCGAUAAUCUUAUUUUUUUAUUAUCAGAUAGAUGUGCAAUAAAAAACAUCUGAACCUGCACAGCAUGGACAAUUAAAUAAAUAAGUUACAUACCCCAAAUUAUGUAUGAACAUGUUUAUUUCUACUCUUAAAUCAGGUAGAAAACUUUCCCUUUAUCUUGAUUGUUUAAAAAAAGUUUUGUUAAAUAUAUUAAGAAAGAAAUUAGUUGAUAUCUUGAGGAAACAACUGAGUGUGCAGUAAAUAUAAUGUAUGAUGCAUGUCCAGAUAUAGCCUCCAUACUGUAUGAGUAAAUGGAUGCUUAUGUAACCAUUAUAAAUAGGUUUACAGGUGUGUGUAAGUACAAUAUGGUCUUAGAGGGUCAAAACAAAAUGAAAAUUGAGGGAACGAAAAGGAGUCUGCAUAUAAAUACUGAAGCAUAAAUUUAUCACACCAAAGAUCUACUUCCUUACCACCAUGAUCGGUUAAUGCUUUUUUGCAUUCGUUAGUUUUGUGUGCUUUUAUUUUGAAGGCAAACCGUGACGCGUUGAUUUUUGUCAUUCAGACUUUUGACGCAGCACGUGCUGGUCACGGGUCAUGUGACACAGGUUGUGUAUUGUACUUUAGUCAGUGCUUGUAAAUACCAGACUCAGCCCAGAGAUUGUACUGAAAACACGGUUGGAAAAUGAUCUUAUCUUUACUCUUUAGACAUAUUGAUUGUUUAUAUUAGGUUGAUCAUUAUUACCUUCAUUUUUUUUAAAUUCUAAUCACAAACAAAAUCUUUAACUGACAGUUUAAAGCAACCUUUGUGACAAUAUGACCUUGUCAAUAAAUAAAUAAGGAAUAACAGAAAAAAUUAUUAAGGAUAAAGGAAGAGCGGUCGGUGCACAUGAUCAAACCAGUUAUAAAUGUCCAGGCUACAAAUUCAGUUUCUUUCAUGUUUAUACAACAUCACGUUCUCAUAAACAAUCCUGCGUCCUCCUGAUUUUUCUCCAUGUGAAAUGCACCUAUCCUUAUGCUUAGCCAUCACAAAAAAAAAAAAAAAUAGUUAAGACAUUUUUUUGACAGUUUUCCUUUUUUUCAGGAUUCAGAUUUUUUUUUUCAAAUUUCAGAAUAAUGAGAAGGAGGUAAAAAUCUAAGAAAGAUUUAGAAUUCUGAGAUUUUAAAAAAUUGGAAAUUUGAUUUUAAUCUCAGAAUUCAGUGAUCAAGAGAAUUCUGGGGAAAAAGUCAGAUUUUUAUCACAGAAUUCUAACCUGAGUCUAAAAAUUCUGAUAAAACAGUCAAGAUUCAGAAUCUGAUCUUAAAAUUCAGAGAUUAGAAAAGUUAGGAUUCUGUAAAAAAAAAAAAAAAAGUCAGACUCUGAGCUCAGAAUUCUAGUGUGUCUACCUGCAUCUGUUCUCACCCGCUAUCUUAUUGGGACUGGUCUGUGUCUGUAAGGAGACGCUUUAAGAUGUGUGUUUUGUUUUUAAAGACUCAAUAGUUAUUGCCAACUAGAGAACAGCAGCAAACUAGGUUUAUAGAAAAACCAAGGAAACCAAGGAAAGGAUUGCGAUAAACUCAAUUGUUAACAGACACCUGUCCAGGUGAGGCCAGAAAAGUGAGAUGAAAAUCUGCUAAAGUCAACAGGGCUGUAAGCUGACGAUCAUGUUUGCGCCAUAGACUGUAUACACUAUGGACAACUUGGCUCCACCUUCCAUCAUGAUACAAAUUUAAAGACGAAUUGCUCUUGGUAUUUCCAGGAUUUUCCCCACUUCCUGGAACCACCACUUGCGCAGUAGCUGCGCAAUCUUCGUACGCCCAUAGGCUGUAUAAAGUGUUAAUAAUAGAAAAUGUGAACCCCCUAAUAACUUUUAUAAAUGGAGCUGCACAGAAAAAAGAGGACUUGAGCACAAACUAGUCUUACAGUAACUACAUGUCAACAUCGCAACCAGGGGGGAGAAACAUUUAAAUUCUGUGUAAUAAAUUUCUAAAGUUUGUCCACAGCCCCAUAGGGAUUGCUGGAGGCUGGAGGAGGCGGGAAUUUAUGACCUAUACUGCAGCCCGUCACCAGAGGGUGCUGUCCUUGCGGUGACUUUACCCAGCAAGGAGGCAGAUGCCGUCUAUUCUAUAUACAGUCUAUGGUUAGCCCCUAAACAGACUUAACCACUGAGAACGUGGUUACAUGGGUGGGAUCACAAACACCUAUGACAUUCAUCCUCAGGUUCAGGACUCUGAAAGUCUAAGGUGGGAGAUCCAGUUUAAGUGUUUCUUUUCUACUUUCAGAAAUGGGUGUUCCCUCAGAGAGGUGCUGCUGCUGAUGAGAGUAAACAGAGAGUUGAUUCUUCUGACAGAGAUGCUCACAGAAGUUUGGUAAGAUCCAGCCCACGAAACCACAACACAGACUCACACACUUAGUCCCAACAAUUCCACCAAAGAUCCACCAAAAAUGCAGAAGUAAAAGAUAAAAACUGCUCUUUAACUCAAAGACUAAGUCACUUUUGAGGGACUUAAGAAACUGCUCAUAGGUGCCUUUUGACAGCAAGAAAGACAAUUUCAUUUGCAUUAGGUUAGUUUAGAUGAGCUACAACUUUAUUCAUCCUUUCAGCCCUGACCACAAACCACUGCAUGUAUUCAGAUGCAGUAGUUUGUUUAUUUGAUUGUGUGUAUUUGUUUGUGCUGUGUAUGUGCAGGCAGUUCCCUUCAGAGGCCACAUCAGUGGUGGGAUGUGUGUAGGGAAGAAGUUGGUGCUGGUGGGUGUUGUGGACCCUCGUCCUGACAGGUAAAAAUCCCCUUCAGAUAUUUGCUUUCUUUUAAUACUUACCUAUCCUUUUGGACUUUUUAAUGACUCAUUAUUUUUAUUUUCACUUUUCCUUUCGCAUUUCCUAACUGUUAAGAUGAAACUGUAAGUACAUUUACUCAUGAACAUUUAAAGUUAUCCACAUUUUACAGCUUCUAUGAGAUUUUUUUAAGCUGCUUGGAAAACAGACUGAAAUUAAUUAUGACGCCUCUUUAUGACCUAAAAAUCAAACCAGACCAUCACCAGCAUGGCUGACUGUCUCUGUUUUUAUCUUUAAUGUCUGAGCUCUAGUCUCAGGGAAGGUUUUCAGAAAACUCUAAGGGUACAGUUGGUAGAAAUGAGAAUAUAUAGUGAAAUUGACAAAACCUUAACAGUUUUUUAUUUAUUUAAACAUUUAAACACACAUAUGAUUUUUUUUUCCAUUCCCACCAAGUCUGUUGUGUUAAUGCUGCUAUUCACUAACCCUUUAAGAAAAUUAUGCUUUGAGGAAGAAUGUUACUAUGUGGUUCUGAUGAGUGUGACUUUUAUGAAUGUGGUCAGGUCUUAAGACUGUAUCUGUUUCUCCUCCAGGUUCUAUGUGGCUCUGACUUGUGGUCGGGGAGUAAAUGAGGAGCCUCCAGUUGAUGUAGCUCUGGAGCUCUGCGUGCGAUUCAAGGACCGACAAGUCCUACGUAGAGCCUGUGUGUUGGGAUCAUGGGGGGACAUAGACAGAGCCGUGCCUUUCUUCCCCUUCAUCAAAGACCUACCGUUCAAGGUACCAGCAAAUAUUCACAAACUUGACAAACUGACUGCUGCACAUUAAAAACUGCUGGGUAACUAUUGGACCAAACCAACGCUCGGUUAAUUUAACCCAGGAAAUUGAGUUGAUUGUUUAACCCAGCAAGAUGGGUUAAUUCUUCUAUUUAUUUGCUGGUAUAUGUCAACCACUAUGCUUGGUUUAUUCUACCACAUAUAUGGGUUGAUUUUACCUCAUCAAUGUAAUACCUUUUAUGAAGUAAACAAACAGUGAAUAAGCAGUGGGACUGCCCUUGAUUUCACUUUUAGAAGACUGCAACGCGUGACAUACACUAAUAUGGUCCAUGUGUUGUACUGUGAAUAUGUCCGACAUGUAAACCUGAGUCUCAUCUCUCCUCUCAGAUGGAGCUGCACUGCGAACAUGGUCGUUUUCGCGUCUUUGUGGAUGGACAGAAGCUCUUUGAUUUCACCCACAGAUUGACGUCACUGGAGAAAAUCGACACAUUGUGGAUCAAAGGCAGUCUGACUGUCAACAAACUGGCCUAAAAACCCACUGAUGAACAUUUUCGUUCAUUGAAGGCACAGAUCUGGGCUUUAUUGGGCUUAGACUGCCAGGACUCAUUUACAGACUGUAUAUGAGGUGGAAAUAGCCACAGGGAUGGGUUUGAGGGUGACUAUUUUAAAGCCUCCAUGCUUUGGCCAUAACCAGCUUGGUUUUAUGGCGAAAGAAGUGACCAAAUUAAGACAAGAGGAUGUAGUUGGGGUGAAGUGACGGAUUAACUAAUGCACUACCAUGGUAAGUGAGGUGCUUCCAGAAACACAUCAACUGUGGUUUUAAUUUGGAUGUAAACUUUGAUUGGCAAAGGAAAAUUUUACUACCAAAAUACCAUAAUAAUAAACAGCCAACCCCCUAGAGUGUCCUUAAGCAUUAAUGAAAGUUAAACAUGACAUUUUUCAGGUUUCUGUAAAGUGACUUGUCAGACUUAGUUAGCCCCUGUCUGAGCCCUCCCCUGCUCUCAGGUCUCUUUGACUCUGAAUGAGUCCAUAAAUGACAGGAUGAAGAAGAUAAUCGUGUAUUGAUGAUCUGAAACCAGAGAUUGAGAACCUCAACUCUUUAGGAACAUUUUAACUGAGAUAUCAAAUCAGCUGAGAUGCAGAAAAGUUUUCAUAGACUUCUACAGUAUAUAUCCUGUCAAUAGAGUUGCCUCCUGCUGGCCAUCAGGAGGACACACGUGUACAUGACAACGUAGUGGCCUCAGUUUUUAAACCUGAGGGUAGCAUUCACUUCUUUUAACCACGCUGUAAAUUAGAUUUAUAUUAUGGGAACUUGGUGUCAAAUGUGUAUUUUUUACUGAUAGAAGAAGAAAAUCUGUACUGUUGUUUUUGUGACUGCUAAUACUACGCUGCACUACUACAGAUGCUACCACUUAGCGACCACUUAGCUACUACCACUUUGAUAUUAAAACAAACAUUGUGCCUGAUUUUUCAGCUGUAACCAUCUGAAAAUUGGUUUGCUGUUUUUUUUUACAGGGUGUAAAAACUCUCAGGAAAGAAAUUCAAUGAGACAAGAAUGGAUAAGGGCCAGAAUUUUUUUUAAGUCUGACCUUUGUAUUUCAUCCUUGAGCUCAGACUUCAGAUUUUCUUUCCAUAGGUUCUGACUUUGAUUUCAGAAUUCUGACUUUGAUGUAAAAGUCUGGCUUUGCUCGUAGAAUUUUGAUGUUGAUUUUGGAGUUUGUUGAAUUUUAAAUUUUGACUUUAAGUUCAGUACUUUGAUUUCAGAUGUUAGAAUCCUGACUUUGGUCUUAAUAUUCUGUCUCAGAAUUUUGACUGUGAUCUUAGAAUUAUGUGAUCACAGUCAUGAUUCUGCCUUCAGACUAAAAAAGAAAGGUCAGACUUUCUAAAACAUAGUUGCCCCAAUCUGUCCUUAAUUUAUCACUUUGCAGUUGCCUGCUGAACGUUAAAAUGAAGCUCUCAUCUCACAGUUAUUCCUGGAUUAUACAUUAUAUAUUUGGACAAUUCAGUUAUGCGUUUGUUAAUUUGAAAGUCUGUGGAUGCCUUUUUUUGUUUCGCUGUAAACAAGACUUGAUGUUCAAGGCAUUUUAUAACCUCUGUUGGCACAGAUGAUGACACAUUUUGGUUGAUUAAUUAAUCUGUAUGACUGUUACUGUCACAAAAUGGUAUUUGACAGGACUUGUAUUGUUCUGUAUUUAAAAUACACAUUGCUAAGUUGUCUGCAGAACAGUCCUAAAAUGGGCAGCUUUUAAAUAACAGAAGGACAAGCACUCAACUAAUGUAAAAUACACAUUAAAGCAGUAGUGAUAUAGUUUUACAAUGUUAAUAAACUCAAUGUACAAAAAGUUUUCUCGCUCCUGAUAAAUAUGCGCCGACUACCUCAAAUCAAACAGUAUGAUGUUCUGCUGUUGUCAUCUGUGUUAUAAACAUGAAUGAGAAAUAAAUCUUUUUGUCUCAACUCA